GAUUAUCGCUGCUGUUAUACUACUCCCUUCCACGUCCACAAACACACCGGAACACAUUUUCCAGGUUCAGACUUUACAACGGAUACUAUCAGUGGGAUCGCAUUAACAUACCAUAUCCUCUACAAAAUGGUCGCAGACGCUUUGGUUUAUCACCCUGUUUUGGCGCACUACUUGCGCUUUGUUGCAACCACUGUGGGCCGUGAUAAAAUCCUCCGUACGCUGCAAUAUUUCUCGCGCUUUUAUGCCUGGUACUUGUAUCGCACAAACCGCCCUCAGACUUCCAUCGACCCCUACAAUGCAAUCAAGAAACAGUUCGGAACGACAAGAAAGAUCCUGAGGAUCGGAAAAUUCGUCGAACAUCUCAAGGCUGCAGCUCUUGCUGCCGACAACAAGAGCCCCAUCGACCCUGUUCUCCGCUACCUCGCUGUCGGUCGCCAGCUCGGCUAUGCGGGAUACUUGACUCUGGAUACUAUCACCGUUAUUGAUGCCAUCGGCGUUCGGAAGCUUGCUGCGGCCAAGCGGCUGCAGGAGAGCGCCUAUCGGUCUUGGAUGGCUGGUCUACUCUGCAGCGCCAUUGCCGGUGCUUACUCCCUCUAUAAACUGCGGGAGAAGGAGAAGACCCUCGACCGUACGGAGGGCGAAGGUGUUGUGGAGGCAAAGAAGCUUGAAAAGGAACGUUCCGCUGCCCGCACUCAGCUCUUCUCGGACCUUUGCGACUUGACUGUCCCUGUUUCCGCCCUGGGUUUCGCCAACCUCGACGAUGGUCUCGUUGGUAUCGCGGGUACGAUCAGCAGUUUGAUAGGUGUGAUGUCUCAGUGGCGGAAGACCGCAUAAGCGGAUAAUUCUUCGAUUGAGAUUUCGUGAGGCUGGCUUCAGAUGUGUUCGUUAAGGUUGUGGUUUAUCGGGUUGGCGUGAAUCUUGUACGCUUCAAAAUUCCAGCUACGGAGCAAGAGAUGGUGGAUCGGAGCCCUAUGAGAUCGAAAAGGAGAUGAGGAUCAGAGGACUCUUGUAUGACGUUGAUUCAACUUCUUGAAAGAUGUGAUCUGGUAGUCUUUCAGUUUUCAUGAACAUAUUAUGUACCUUAGAAUUUAUUACUUUAGCUCAACUUGAAUUUCUACUAUUUACACUAUUAUUA